AUGAACGACACCCUGGGCCCGCCGCCCCCCGCACCUGGCUACAAGAUCACUCUGGGCACGGACCCGGACACCAAUGCCUGCCAGAACAGCACCAGCCCCAUCUGCUUCAACACAGCAGUCAGUGGGCAGAACAUCAUCACGGGACUCUGGUUCAAUGCCAUCAUUGGCAUCGUCAUGCUGGGCCUGUUUAUCGCCUGGCGCGGGACCUUCUCCUUCUACCAGGCCCGGCUGGACUCGCCCCACGUCACGCGCAAGCCGCCGCGCAUGAAGCUGACAGGGCACCACCGCAUCUGGUCCUGGCUGGUCCCGGUCUUCACCAUCUCGGACGAGGAGCUCGUGCGCAGCGCUGGCCUGGACGCGCUGGUGGGUCCCUGGGUGGAGGGAACAUGUGGUGAGGUCGCGACGCGCAUCAUCGGCUUUGGCGUGACGCUCUUUGCGCCCAUGACCGUCCUGGCCGUGGCUGUCCUGCUGCCCAUCAACUACGGAGAGCGAUACUAUGCGUCGCAGGCCAAGGCCGACGCCGUCAGCGACACCUUCACCUCGGUCUUCAUCCAGCUGACCAUCAGCAACGUUCACCCCAGGAGUUCCCUGAUGUGGGUCCACUUCACCCUUGUCUACGUGUUCUGCGCCUGGACCUGCUGGCUGACGGUGGAGUACUACAAGGAGUAUAUCGCCAUCCGCCAGGCAUACAUGGUCCAGGCGACUGAGAUGCACGAGGACGAGCCAGGGGCGUCCGCUUGCCGGAACGAGAGCGAGGGGACGGAGAUAUCCCUCACGCCGGCGGCCUGGCCCGGCGCGAAGCGCGGGGCGAGCCCAGAUCCGGAGCCCGUGGCCCGAGGCUUCUCCCUGGGCUCGGCGCUGACCAACCGCCUGCAGCUGCCGAGGCGCACCGCCACGGGCAGCCAACUGAGCAGGGCGGCCAUGCCCGCGCCCUCGCGUUCGCGCCUGGGCCUGGCCGACGGCGCGUCUGCCUGCCCCGCCCAGGAGCUGGAGCUGGACCGCGUGCUGCUGCACGGCUUCCGCGGCGCCACCAGCUCCGCGCAGUCGGAGCCCGGUGGAGUUGGUGCCGCUGUUGGACUGUCUGGCGUUGAAGGGGCCCGUGGCGCCGUGGAGGGCGCCGGCGAAGACGGCGGCGGGGGCAUGGGCCCAGGUCCGCACGACGGCGAAGGGGAGCUGUCCCUGCGCCAGCGCUUCGGCAGCCCCCGAGCGGGUGGCGCGGGGCCGCGCGACGGCCAGGCGAUCGAUGGCGACCGCGGGGAGGAGGCGCACGCCGAUCUCCUCGCGAUUGAUGGCGGGGGCGCUGCGCUCUCCCUCAUCCCAGCGCGCAUGCCCCGCUCCGGCUCGGUCCUGAGCCUGGGCAGCGGCUCGGGGCCCGGCACGCCGCUCUGCUCCUCGCAGCACACUCGCACGCCCAGCGCGGACGCCGAGGCGGCGCCGCUGUCGCCCCCCAGCGUCGACGCAGGGCGCGGGGCUGGGGACGACGACGGCGACGAGAACGGCUCGGACGACGCACUGGCCGGCGUCGCCGUGGUGCCGGGCGUGCCGGCCUACACCGCCGCGCAGGACGACUUUGCGCUGGCGCUGGACGAGGUGGAGAACGGCUUGUGGACGGGGUCCAGCCCCAGCACGCCCGAGCCGGAGGAGGCGGCGGAGCGGCGGCGGUGGCGCGUGGCGCGCUGGCUCCGCCAGCUCCUGCGCCGGGACCAGAGCUACACCGACUGGCGUCGGGAUGUGCAGUGGGCCAUGUUCAACAAGCGCGUGCGAGUGGCAACCGAGCUCUUCACGGAGCUGUUUGGCGACGACUUCGACGCCAUCAUCCCUAUCUACCCCACCAAGCCCGUGGACGACGUGAUCCACAGGUGGGAUGGGCAGCAGGCUGCGUUGGAGAGGCUGCAGUACCGGCUGAAGAAGGGGGGCCUGAAGCCCCACAAGCUGGACAAGCUGCGGGCCAGCAUCGCCAAGGCCCAGAGGCGGCUGAGCAAGCUGCAGGUGCUGAGGAAGGCGGCGGAGCGACGCGAGGAGGUGCUGUCGGACCUGCCCUCCACAUGCUUCUUCGCCACCUUCAGGCAAGAGGCGGCGGCCAUCGCCGUGCAGACCAACCUGAACCCCAUCAUGCAGCGUUUGUUCCGGGUGGAACCCGCACCGCGCCCAGAGGACAUCAACUGGCCGUCCUUGCAGCGCAGCUGGUGGCAGCGCACGCUGCGCCCGCUGUGGGCCCUCCCCGGCAUCAUCCUCAUUAUGCUGGUGCCCAUCGGCGCAUUCACAGGGGCCUUUGCCCAGCUGACCAUAGCGCUGUGCGGCAACCCCGCAGCCGGCACGGCCUCGGCCGGCUCAGACCUGUGGAUCUGUGGGGAGACGGGGUUCCCUGCGCUGCUGCGCAAUCUAAUUACCUCGCUGGGGCCCUCGAUCCUGCUCAGCAUCUACAACAUGGUCAUCCUGCCGGUCAUCAUCUACUACCUUGCCCAGGUGGAGGGGCAGGCGGUCAGCCUGUCGGCCCUGGAUAGACGCUGCGCCGACCUAUUCUUUGCCUGGGACAUCUUUAACGUGUUCCUGGGAGCCAUGCUGGGCGGCACCAUCCUCGGGGAGCUGCGCACCUUCCUCACGGAGCCGGGCCGGAUCUGGUCGGCGCUGGGCUCGGCCAUCCCCGCCGCCUCCAACUUCUUCAUCAACUAUAUCUCGUACCGCGCCUUUGUCAUGGCCUUCUUCCGCCUGUUCUACCCCAGCCAGGCCGUGGUGACGAGCAUCGGGCGCCUGAUCAGGCUCAUCCCGGCAAGCAAAACUGAGAGGGACAAGGCCCUAGAGCUGCCGAACCGGAAUUGCCGCUUUGGGAGGGACAUCGGCAUCCCCAUCAUGAUGAACUUUGUCAUGGUCUUUGGGUAUGCGGUGGUUUCGCCCCUCAUCCUCCCCUUUGGCCUGAUCUACUUUGUCCUGCUCUGGCCCAUCUGGCGAUACCAGAUGCUGUAUGUGUACCUGCGGCAGUACGAGUCCGGCGGCCAGUUCUGGCCCUACGUUGCGCACAAGCUGGUGUGGUGCCAGAUGCUCAUGGUGGUUUUCACCGCGCUGGUGUUCCUGGUCAAGGGCGCGUAUACCCAGGCCGGCGUGCUGGCAGUCACCCUUCCCAUCCUGCUCCUCAACUUCAAGUCGUACCUGUCCUCGCGGUACGAUGCCGUGGUCAAACAGGUGCCACUUAUGGCGGUGCACUCGGCGGCCAGGGGCCAGGUGGACCCCGACGUGUACACCGCCCCACCCCUGCGCAUGGAGGCGCAGGGGUGGCAUCCCGAGUGGGGCAAGUGCUGGCAGUGGUGGGGCAUCCCCCGGUACACCCUUUGA